UGGCUAGCUCAGAACUUAAAAGGCACUUUAAAUUGCAAAUGUGCAGCAGUUCAACGACUCGCUGCGACUCGUCUCGCAACUUUCUAUUGACCCAGCCUAAUCAGAGAAAUGCUAUAAAAACGCUGAGAACUGUUUGUGCGCGCCCAGUAUUAGCAUAAAUUCGCAAGAGCUGCCAUAAAACAUGUUUCGAUUGUGCUUACUUUGGGUGCUGUGCUGCGUCGUCAGCUGGAGCGCACCAGCACCAGCGAGCGGCAGCGGGAGCGGCAUUGAGGGGCAGCAGUUGGUGCCGAUCAUCAAGUCGCUGGCGGAGCAAAAAAACGAUGGCUCCUAUUUCUUUGCCUACGAAGGCGCCGAUGGCAGCUACCGUGAGGAGGUGGGCAUCGUGAGGCGCUCUGGUAAACAUAAUGAUGAUGUUGUUGAUGAUGAUGACGAUUAUGAUGAUGCGGAGCUGGAAAUCUCUGGCGUUUAUCGCUAUAUCGACAGCCAGGGCGAGCGUGUGGAGGUCAGCUAUACGGCCGACAAGAAUGGCUUUGUGCCGCUGGGCACGAACAUACCCAAGGAAAUAACAGAGACGGCGCGUAAUGCGGUCCAGUCGCUGGAGGUGCGAGCGGGCAAGAAGAGUUAAGAGUUAAGGUUAUGGCUGAGGCAAUUGCACAGCUAUAAACUGUUAUAUGUUGCAGUUGCGAGUGACAAAA